AUGGAGAACCCGUCCAAGGUGGAGCCCUCUAAUGGACACAACAGGUCCCUGGACAUUGUGCCCAGUACAGAGGAGAAGAUGACAGACAGGGGUCAGUGGGGCAACAAGAUUGAGUUUGUUCUGUCAGUGGCCGGAGAAAUUAUUGGCCUGGGGAACGUCUGGCGUUUCCCCUACCUUUGUUAUAAGAACGGAGGAGGUGCCUUCUUCAUCCCAUACCUCAUCUUCCUGUUUGCUUGUGGCAUCCCGGUCUUCUUCCUGGAGACGGCUCUGGGUCAGUACACCAGUGAGGGAGGCAUCACCUGCUGGAGGAAAAUCUGUCCCUUGUUUGAAGGAGUGGGUUAUGCCACCCAGGUGAUUGUUGCUCUGCUUAACGUCUACUACAUUGUCGUGUUAGCCUGGGCCGUCUUCUAUUUGUCCCAGUCCUUCACCUGGGAUCUGCCCUGGGCCUCCUGCAACAACACCUGGAACACAGAUUCCUGUAUGGCAUUUCAGAGGGGGAAUAGCUCCAUCAAUCACCAUGAGAACACCACCUCUCCUGUCAUUGAGUUCUGGGAGCGAAGAGUGCUGAGAAUUUCCUCAGGUAUUGAUCACAUUGGCUCUCUGAAUGGGGACCUAGUUAUCUGUCUGGCCGUUGCGUGGGUCAUCUGCUACUUCUGCAUCUGGAAGGGAGUCAAGUCUACUGGCAGGGUUGUUUACUUCACAGCAACCUUCCCUUAUGCUAUGCUGGUGGUCCUGCUGAUCAGAGGGGUUACCCUGCCUGGAGCCUCCAGGGGAAUCCACUUCUACCUCUACCCCGACCUGGGACGGCUGUCUGACCCACAGGUAUGGAUGGAUGCUGGGACUCAGAUCUUCUUCUCCUAUGCCAUCUGCCUGGGUUGCCUCACUGCUCUGGGAAGCUACAACAAAUACAACAACAACUGCUACAAGGAUUGCCUGUCCCUCUGUUUCCUGAACAGUGGUACCAGUUUUAUUGCAGGGUUUGCCAUCUUCUCCAUCCUGGGCUUUAUGUCCUACGAGCAGAACGUGCCCAUCUCAGAAGUGGCUGAAUCUGGUCCAGGCUUGGCCUUCAUAGCCUACCCUCGUGCUGUGUCCAUGAUGCCUUUCUCCCCUCUAUGGGCCUGCUGCUUCUUCAUCAUGAUCGUCUUUCUGGGACUGGACAGUCAAUUUGUGUGUGUGGAAAGCCUGGUGACAGCCAUGGUGGACAUGUAUCCCGCCACCUUCCGGCGUAAAAACCGCAGAGAACUCCUUAUCCUGGCAGUGGCUGUGGCGUCCUUCCUCCUGGGGCUCAUCAUGCUGACAGAGGGCGGCAUGUACAUCUUCCAGCUCUUUGACUACUAUGCAGCCAGUGGGGUCUGCCUGCUCUUCGUGGCUAUUUUUGAGACUGUUUGCAUUGCUUGGAUUUAUGGUGCCGACCGUUUCUAUGACAACAUAGAGGACAUGAUUGGCUAUCGCCCCAGCCCUGUCAUCAAAUAUUGCUGGCUUUUCUUCACUCCUGCAACAUGCAUUGGAACCUUUGCUUUCGCCUUGAUCAAGUACUCACCUCUGAAGUACAACAAUGAAUAUGUAUAUCCAUGGUGGGGAUAUGGGAUUGGCUGGAUACUGGCCCUGUCCUCCAUGCUGUGUAUCCCUCUCUGGAUAGCAAUGAAACUGUACUACACCCCUGGAACACUGAGAGAGCGCCUUGUUCUCUUGACCACUCCUUCCACUGAUUUACCGAAGACAAAACUGGAGCAGGAGAAGCUGCUGGCCAUCUUCGCAGCAGACCGCGACAGCCUCCAUCAGAAAUCACCUCCCACUAAGGACGGCUACUUCCCUGUUGAUGAAAAAGAGUCUCAUUGCUAG